AUGUUUAAAUUAAUUGCUAUCAUUGCUCUUCUUGUUGUUGCAUCUCAUGCUGGUAAAGUAACAAUCCAUUCAAGUGGUGCAUAUGUUGCUCGAUGUACCUGUGAUGUAAGAGAUGCUUAUGGUACAAUAAAAUUAGCAAGUGGAAAUAUUUAUGCAGGUCAAACACGUGACAUACAAAUUCCAGAUAAUGUUGAAUGGAUGAAUAUUCGUUGUGAAAAUCAACGUCUUGUUGGUAAAUGGCAUGAAGUCUUUACACAAGAAUCGAAUGGUCCUCGAUCACUUUGUUAUAGUAUUGGUGGUACUACUUUCCACCCAAAUCAUUCCGCUAAAUUUUGUUAA